CUGCUUCACGGCUACCAUAGCUUUACCGCUCUCUCUCCCCUCGCAAUCAAUAAUGGCACGAAAACGGGCAAGGACGAGCACAGGGAGUGACACCGUCCGUGUGCCCACAGCCAAAGCCGGCGUGGAAGAAGAAGCUGCGGUUGACGUAGUAGAUGAUGAGAAUGCGGAAAAAUCGGUGGUUCAUGCGGUCAAUGGCGGUGGAGGGGUGCUAGAGGGGCAGAAGGAGGAGGCUAUCGGGGGAAGGGAUAGCACCGACGGGGAGGCUGAUGAAGAGGAGGAGAGCAUGGCGAGUGACGUCGAAGACGACGAUGAGGAUGAUGACGACAGCGACCCCGGCACCGUCCCCGACUUCCGCAAACGCCUCCGCCGACAGCGCGACAAGAACCGCACCGCCGCCGCCGCUGCUAACGGUAGCACGGCCGUUGCCGCCACCGCCGGCGACUCUACUACAGCGGCGGCGGGAGAGGAGGAGGAAGGGCAAUCGGCGGCGAUGGAGUUUGCCUCCGACGGCACCUACCGCAACAAGCAGAGGGUGUUGCUGUUCUCGUCCCGCGGCAUCACGUCUCGCUUCAGGCACCUCCUCGGAGACCUGCGGAAGCUCAUCCCUCACCACAAAAAGGACGUGAAGCUGGACGUCGGCCGAGACGAGAGCCUGUCCAGUGCCGUUAACGAGAUCGCCGAGAUCAAGAGCUGCAACUCGUGUGUCUUCCUGGAGUGCCGCAAGAAAAGCGACCUGUACCUAUGGGCGGGAAAGACUCCCACCGGCCCCUCGGCGAAGUUCCACGUGCUGAACGUGCACACCAUGGACGAGCUCAAGCUGACCGGCAACAGCAUGCUCGGGUCGAGGCCCCUCCUCAACUUCGACGCCAAGUUCGACCAGACUCCCCACUGGCGGGUGGUGAAGGGGAUCCUGACGGACAUUUUCAACCCCCCUAGGGGACACCCCAAGAGCAAGCCGUUCAUCGACAGGGUCAUGUCCUUCUUCGUGGCGGAUGGCAAGGUCUGGGUCAGAAAUUACCAGAUUGUGGACAAGGGUGACGGUUCUACCACGGGACUGAACCGCAAGAUCGAGGCGGCCACCACCGCCGCAGGCGGCGGGGGGGAGGGGACGGGCGCCGAGGAUUCCCUGAGCCUCGUCGAGAUGGGACCCCGGUUCGUCCUCAACCCCAUCCGGGUAUUCGCGGGCAGCUUCGGGGGCCCCACGCUGUACAACAACGCGGCGUACGUGUCGCCCAACGACGUCAGGUCGGCGAGGAAGAGGAAGGCCGGGACCAAGUUCGAGGACCGGCAGGAAGCGAAGAAGGUCGUUCGGGGUAAGAAGGCCGAGCCCGCGGUGCCCCGGGGUCCCCUGGACGACGUGUUCUCAGGGUGAAAGAAAAAACGCUUGUGGUGCUUGGCGGCAGCAGGUGUUUUGGAAGAGGCGUAGGGUCCAUGCAGACGCAUUUGUCGGGAUAACGAAGAAAAGGAUGGUCGUGCUAGGUUGGUGUGGUCGGCAGCAGGUGUUUUGGAACAGGCUUAGGGUCCAUUCGGACGCAACCAAAGUGUCGGAAUUGUUCUCGGGAUAAAAAAAAAAAAAGAGGAAAAGGAUUGCGGCGCUUGGUGUGGUUGGCGGCAAGUGUUAAGCCUGGGGACGACACACGCACUUGCUUUGCUUUGGAAAGAAUAAACCCGACAUGGCGCACGGAACGCGUGCGGGGGUAGGGCUGACUGGUUGGCUGUGUGUGCGUCGCGCGUGUGGUUUCAGACCGUCCGGGCGCGUUGUGUCUGGUUUGGGCACCCGUACCCAUGCGCCGUCCCUGUUGAGGUGACGAUGCACAAUAUACAAGAGCUUGAUGCGGUCGAUGGGUUUGGUUCGCCGGACGGAAUUGAGGGACUUGGAGGGGGGAAGAGGGCGCCUGUUUGUGGGUGGCUCAGAAGACAAUUUGCGUCGACCGUGCUUGGUCCGUUGGAGGGGAUCGAACGAGAGGGUUAGAGCCAACCGUGUGUUGAACGAAUUCUUUUAUCUCAUUUUUCAUCGUUUCGAUGCGGUUCUGUGGGAUGGAUAUUGGCACACGCUGUCUCGAAGCGGAGUUUUGGUUUGGGGGGAGGGGGAGGGGGCAACGCGAAGGGGACAGAACUAGGCUGGGGUGUUUCUGCCACGUGUUCGUCGAGAUGGACCAGCAUCUCUCGCAUUUUGCUCGAAGCGGAGUUUUGGCGGUUUCAACUGCUGUUCAUGAUACACGGAGGAGUGCUCGGUUGCUUUUGGUGAGGCCAGAUCAGUAGAAGUUGUUUCGCCCUCGCUGUCAACUUCUUGCCCUUGAGUUGCUACAGAAGUAGCGUGUUGUCUCAUCCUCCAACGCGGAGUUUCUGAACGGAGAGGGUGGCUCCGCGUUCUGAAAGGGGGGGG